GGAAGUGACGCGCAGGGCCUACAGCCCGGUCUGGAGCCGGGGGCUGGAGUUGCGGCGGCGGCCGGGCGCCGGGAGCCGGGAUGUCGGACACGUGGAGCGACAUCCAGGCCCACAAGAAGCAGCUGCACAGCCUGAGGGAGAGGCUGCAGCGGAGGAGGCGGGAGCCGGGAGUCCACGCCGAGGCAGCCCAGGGCAUGGGGGCAGCCUUCCGCAGUGACAGCCCCGUGCUGGCAGCCGCCCUCCCUCCCGGCAAACCCAGCAGCCUGGACCAGGACGAGAAGAUCGACCCCGUCCUGGAGAAACGGUUGCUGGAGCAUCUCUCCAACCCGGCCCUGCUACCCACAGACUCCCUCGCCAUCCAGAACGCCAUGUUAUCGCUCCAGUGCCCGGUCACUCAGGGCAAUGUGGAGAGCCUGCUGCACAAGUUUGCGGCCCAGGAGCUGAUUGAGAUCCGCGGGGGUCUGUCCCAGGAUGGGACCCCCACCACCGUCACCUUCGCUGACCACACCAAGCUGUCGGCCAUGCUGGUCCUCCUGCCCCAGGACAGCGAGCAGCCCCCAUCGCGGGCCGAGAGCGGGCAGAGGCGCUGCCCCCAGCCCCCACUGCCGGGAUCGGGCGCCGCUCCAGACCGGAAGCUGCCCGAGCCUGCCAAGAAAUCCCGGAAGGUGGCCUCGGAGCUGGACAUGGAGAUUGAGAGGCUGCUGAACCAGCAGUCCACCAAGGAGAAGCAAAGCAAGAAGGUGAGCCAGGAGAUCCUGGAACUGCUGCAUACCAGCACGGCGAAGGAGCAGUCGAUCGUGGAGAAGUUCCGGUCCCGGGGCCGGGCCCAGGUGCAGGAGUUCUGUGACCACGGCACCAAGCUGGAGUGUAUGAGAGCCCUAGGGCUGGAGGGGCCCUGUCGCAAGCUGCACUUCAG